AUGGAACUGGUUAUGUAAGAAAUAAUGACUUAAGUGAAUGGUCGUUAUAAUUUAAGUAACAUUCUAGAUGUUUUAGACAAAUUAAGAAGUAUAAAUUAAUUAACACAUUAAAGGAGCUAAAAGAAUUGAAAUAGAUAUGUAUGAUAAAGUUUAUAAGUAAAUCAUAACAGAAUCAAGAAAUGAUGGGGAUAAAUGGUAUUAACGAUACAUUAUUUUAAAACCUAAAUAACUAAAAGAAAUAAAUAGUCUAAAUUUCUCUUUUGAUGUAAAAACCUCUUGUGAUGAAAAUAAUCCAAAUCAAACAAAUAGAAUUCAACCAAGUAGUUUUAAUAAAAUGCAAAAAUUUACAAGUCCUACUACUUUUGCAUCUCCUCCAACUUUUGAAACUAGAGCAUCAAAAUUAACAGAUUUUUAAUCUGAUUAUUAAAAAGAGUAAUUAUAUACAAUUUAUAUCUAUUUUAGAUUAACUAAUCAGAUUUUAUAAUAAAUUUCAGAUGGAAAAAGACGUUCUGCUUAAAGUGAUUAUAUAAAAUCAGAAAAAUAGUAAAAAACACAUAGAACUAUUUAAUCUUUUAAUAUUUAUUCAUUACAAUAGCUAAUAUCUGUACUACAAUAAAAAAUUAUGCAACAUUAUAGAUUUGCAUUUAAUAAAAUUAUAUAUCUUUAUAAUGAACCUGUCAAAUUAUUGUAAGAUGUUGAAAUUUAAGCAGAACCUUUAUAAAUUCCUAAAUUUAAUUUGAAAGAUUCUUUUUAAAUUGAAAAAGACAUUUAACAGUUUUAAGAAAAUUAAAUUUUGAAAAUAUUAUUCCAUCAUUUUGAUAAUUUAGUAAUAUGAUUCCACAUUAUUUUAGAAAUAACAUUGGUUGAGAAAAAAAAGAAUUAAAAAUUCUAGAAAUCAAGUGUUGCUAAUGAGAAAAAAUAAUUAUAUUUACAAAGCUUUUACUAAAUUGAGAAAUUAUUCCAUUAAACAUAAAUAAAAUAGGUUAAAAAAAAUUCAAGCUCAUCAUUUUUAUAGUCUUAAUUAAUUAAAAAAAUAUUUUGAAAAAAUGUUCAAUUAUCAUUUAAUACAAUAAGAUAAGAAAUCAAAAAAAAAAAUUAGUUCAGGUUUGUUAAGAAUGAAAAAUUAACAAAUAUUGAAGAUUUGUUUCAUUAAAUUUAAAUUAUAUUAUUAACAUCGAAGAGAUAAACACCAAAAUAAUUUAUUAGCUUAUGGUUUAUAUCAAUAAAAAUUAUAAAAAUAAUAUUUUUCUUAAUGGAAUAAAAUAGUUAUGAAUUAAUAAAAGCGAGAAACUAAUUAAAUAAUUAUGAAAAAGUGCCUUAAAAAAUGGAAAUAAUAUCUUUAGUUAAAUAAUUUUAUUAAAAAACAAAAAUAAACAGCAGAUAACCUAUAAAAAUAUAUGAAUAAAAGAAAAAUUCUUAAAAUAUUAAAAGACUUUCAUCAUACUAUUUAAAAUAAAAAAUAAUAUAAAAAUUAAUUAAAUGAUAUUUAUAUAUUUCAUUUAAUAAGAAAAGGCUUUAAAGGAUUUAAAAUUAAUAUUUAAAUUCGAUAGAAAAAAAAAGAGUAAUAAUUUUUUAUUUAAAUUUAAGAUAAUAUCAUUAGAUUGGGCGAUUUUUACAAAUACUUUAUAUUAGUAAACCGUUCAAUAUUUUGCAACAAUAUAAAAAGGAACGAAAAAUGAAAAAAGAACUUAAUUCAAAGGCUUAAGCUAUAUAUAGAGUAAAUAAGUUAAGAAGGUAUCUAUAUAAAAUAAAUAUUAAUUAGAUUAAGUAAUUUUUGGUUAAAAUGGGCACAAUAAAAAAAAAUUCAUAGAUAAAAAGAUAUAAAUAAUUUACCAUAAAUUAAACAAAUUUAAAUUUAUUUAUAUUUUAAAAAGUAUCGAUUAGCAUUUUAGAGAUCCUUAUGGUUAAAAAAUAUUGUUAGAAUAAUGAGAUCUAAAUAUUAAAAAGAGUUUAUUAAAGAACUUAAAGUAAAAAUUUACAAUUAAAAUAGAUAAAUAAUAUAAGAUAUAAAUAAGAGAAUAAAUAUCCACUUAAACUCAAAUAAAAAGUGAUAAGAGGAUUAAGGAUCAAUUUAAUUAAACAUUUAAAAAAGUAAUAAUUUUAUAAAUAAUUGCUUUCCCUUCAUGAACAUAAUAUAUUAAAAAAUAUAUUUGAUUUUAUGAAAGUUAGAGCAAUUGAUUAUAGAUAAAAAAUAAUGUAAUUAAUAUUAUUUAAUAUAAAUAGAAAUAAAAGAAGAGUUUAGAGAAAUUUAUUUGGAAAAUAUGUAGCUGGACCUUUUUAUUUCUGGCUUAAUUAUACUUAAAAGCACUCUUACAAAAGAAAUAUUCGAAACAAUUUUGAUAAACUGCAUGUUAUUAAAGUUUACUAAAAGUAAGAUUUUUUAUUACAUUAGAGUCUUUAAAUAACUUAAUGAUUAUAAAUGGAAAAAAAAAAUUUAAAAAGUACAAGAUUAAAAAAACUAUCCAAUAAUUAUAUAAAAAUAAAAAUUGAGAUUUUUGAAAUUUUGGAAUGCCAAAAAAUAAUCAAAAGGAAAGAUUGAAAAUUUUUGUAUUUGUUUUACAAAUCUACAAAAAAAAAUAUUCUUUAAACAUAUGCAAGUAAUUAAAUUAUAAAAUUUAUUUAGUUAAUUAAAAUCAGAGAUUUUUAAAAGAAAAAAUAUAUGGCUUAAGGUAGAAUUUUUUACUUAAUGAAAUUUGCAUUUAAUUAAUUAAAUAAAUAUAAAAUGUAAUUAAAUAAUCUAUUAUUAGGAAAAAACUCAAAUAAAGAAAUAAUACAGAGAUUAUUAAAAAAAGACAGGUGCAUCAUAUAAAAUCUAGCAGUUUCAAACAUAUGAGAAAAUUAUUUAUAUUUGAAUAAAAUGUUGCUUAUCUUACUGCAAUUACUGUUUUGUAAAUUAAAAAAAAUUUAUUGUAAAAAUAUUUCAAAGGUUUUAAAGACCUAAUAGUUAAUAAGAAAAGACCUAGAGAUUAAAUUAUGAAAAUAAAUAAAUUAAGAAAAUGUCUUGCUGCUUGGAAAGUUUUUACAAAUAAAUAAUAAGGAGUCAAACUUAUGAUUUAAGCAAUAAAAGAUAUAUAAAAAGAUUAAAAAUUGAAACUUUUUAGAAAAUUAAUUUCAAAUAAUCGUAUUGAAAAUGCUAAAAUUUAUUAUGACCAUAAUUUGAUUAAAAAAGUACUUUUUUAAUGGUUUGAUUCAACAAAAUCAUCUUAAAAGACUAUUUAUCUUUCAAAAAUUUUAAACAAGCUUAGAUUUUAAUAAUUAAAGAAAUAAUUUAAUAAACUUAUUAAGAACAAUAAAAUGAUGAAAUUGAAAAGAAAUUAAAUAAAUGGAAUUAAGUGUAAAAUGUUAAAUAUUUGGAAAUUCAAAUUUUCAAAAUUGUAAAAAUUUAAACGUUUUUUACAAUAUAUUACAACUAAAAGUUAAGAAAAUAUGACAUUCUCACUUUAAGCUUUAAAGAAUAAUAGAAAAGAAAUAGAAAUUUUAAAAAAUUAUAACUUUAACUUGUUAUCUUAAUUCUUUUAAUUAUGGAAAUCAAACUAUAUAAAAUCUAAUUACAUUAAAAAAUUAAUCUCAGUUUUUUAAAAUAGAUAAAAAAGAAUAAAAUCAACUGUUUUUCAAAGAAUUAAAAAAAUUAAUAAAGAAAAUUAAAUUAUCAAAAUGUGUUAAUUUACACAAAAAAAAAGAUUUUUUCAUAAAUGGUUAAAAAAAUUAAACAUUAUUGAAGGAUUUUAAAAAUUAGAAAUGUUUUUUUAGUAAAAGUAAAAAGAUUUAUUUUCUAAAAAAGCUAAAAAAUUAUUUUUUAUAAACAAAAAGUUCAUAUUAAAUUCUAUUUUAAGUAAAAAUAAAUUAAUUAGAAUAUUUUCUAAAUGGACUUAUUUAUCAUAAAUGAGUAAGAAAUUAUAAUCAUUUGAAAAUAGACUUGAAAAUGUUCUUACAAAUAAAUUAUAUUAUAAACGUUGUUAAAGUUUAUUAUUUUAUUAUUUGCAGAGCUAUCAAAUAAAAUAAUUAAAAGGGGAGUUUGUUUUAAAAACUUUUAAUAAAUUAGUCCAAAACAAAUAAGAGUUUGUUUUGGGAUAAUUUUAUUAAAAUUAAGUUUAUUAUAAUUAUCUGGAAUAAAAAAAUAUUAGAAAAUAAAUAAUCUGUUUUACAUUGUGGGCAAAAUUAACAAAUGAAUCUGUAGCAUUUAAAAUAUUUUGUAAAUCUUUAGGAGAAAUUUAUAAGAGAAACAUGUACUAUAAUAUGAAAAUAAUAAAAUAAUUUGGAGAUAAAAAUUAAAAUAUAUUUAAACAAAUAGAUGAUUAGAAAAAAAAAAAGAUUUUAUAAUUUUGGUGUUUACAUACUUAUAAAAGGAUUGGAGCUAAAAAUAUCUUUAAUAUAUUAGAAUAAAAUUUUAAUUCAAAAUAACAAAAAUUAUUGUAUGUUUCUAAAUUUUAUGAAAUUUUAACAUAAAAUUAAUAAAUAACUUAAAAAGCCAAUAAAUUUUAUGAAAUUAUUGAUUAAUUUAUAAAAAGACAAUAGAGAGAAGCAUUUAGAAAGGUUAAUUAAUUUAGCAAAUAAUAAUUUUUAAUUAAGUUUUUAAAAAGAAAAAUGAAAAAACAGUAUUUUAAAAUAUGGAGAAUUAAUAAAGCUAUGAUGACAUUAAAUAGAAUAUUAAGCACAACUUAUGAAAGGAAUUUAUCAAAUUACUUUAAUAAAAUCUAAAAAUAAAUUAUAAAUUAAAAGUCUUAAUAACAUUAUUAGGAUAAAAUAAAAUGGCAAUUAAUUUAAUUUUUGAAAAAAGUAAAAAAUAAUACUAAAAAAAAAUUUGAAUAUUUGAAAUCUUAACAAAAUAACAAUAUACUUAAUGUUCAUUUUUAAACAUGGAUUAUUGAGCUUUUAAAAAGAAAUAAUUAAAGAAAUUAAUUUUUAAAGAUCUUUAGAGGAUUUUAUUUAUAUCAUUAUAGAACUAUUGGUGAUGAGUUUAUUAAAAAGUUAAAAUUAGAAAAGAAACUGUAUAAUAUUUAAUUAUGUAUUUAGAUAAAUUAAGGAUGAAUUUGAAUCUCAAAAUUCUCUAAUUUAUUCAGUUUUUAAGGCAUGGAAAAUGUUAGUUGAUGAAAGAAAAAUGCUGAAAAAGUACUUAUAAUAAUGUUCUGUUGAAGAAAAAAGAGGAAAAAGCAUUCCAAAAAAUAUGCCAUAUUGA